GGUGGGCGAGACCAGGAAGGCAAAGAGCGGACCUGGUGUAAAUGACUGCUGCUGCCUCUCAGACCAAGAUAACCUGCUCAGUCAGCUAGAGCCCCCUGUGGACAGCUGUCUCUCUCAGCUGAUGGAAGCUGCUACUAACCACUGAAUGGGGGAGCGUGGAGUAACAACCACAGCACCAGCAGCCGCAGCAGCUGAAACAGCGGUGGCGGCGGCAUUAACAGCAGCAAGCAAGAGCUCUAUUGUUCCCUGAUGUUAAACAGUUUUUCCUUUUCAACUGGCAUGCACAAUAGCUAGAAAGUGAUUUUCAUUCUGCCGUUCCUGUGAAGAAAUUCUGAGCGGGGGAGGGUUUACUCACGCCACCAGGGUUAUCCAUUGUACUGCAGAUUCUGACACUGGAGCAGGCUUCUGGAAGGCAUGGGGCUGAAAGGGAAGAGCACGGCUUUAUCUGGUGGUCCAGGGGCUUCCCCUCUUCCGAGCAAGUAUGUUGGAGUUCUUGUGGUUCUUCUGUUUGGAAUCCGAGGAGCUAAAGCGCAAAGUGAAUUUGAAACUUCAUCUGUGUAUUUGUGGAAGACUGGUCCAUGGGGUAGAUGCAUGGGAGAUGAAUGUGGCCCAGGAGGCAUACAGACACGUGCAGUCUGGUGUGCUCAUGUGGAAGGAUGGACCACGUUGCUUACAAACUGCAAGCAGGCCGAGAGGCCUGACAACCAGCAGAACUGCUUCAAAGUUUGUGACUGGCACAAAGAAUUGUACGACUGGCAGUUGGGCAGCUGGAAUCAAUGCCAACCUGUUAUCUCAAGGAGUGUGGAAAAACCAGCGGAGUGUGUCAGAGGGGAAGAAGGAAUUCAGACAAGAGACAUUGUGUGUGUCCAAAAAGCAAAUGGGGUUAUAGUGGAGGACACAAUAUGUGAAUAUUUUGAACCUAAGCCACAGCUUGAGCAGGGAUGCCUCAUCCCGUGCCAGAAGGACUGCAUUGUGACCGAGUUCUCGAUUUGGUCAGAGUGCUCCAAGACCUGUGGACAAGGGCUGAAGCACCGUUAUCGCCAUGUUGUUGCCCCACCUCAAUUUGGGGGUUUUGUCUGUCCUAACCUGACUGAGUUUCAGGUUUGCAGCUCUUCACCAUGUGCUGCUGAAGAAAGCAUGUACAGUCUGAAUGUGGGUCCGUGGAGUACGUGUUCAGUGCCCCAUUCACGACACAUUCGGCAAGCAAGGAAGCGUGGAAAGAACAAAGAAAAAGAAAAGGACAAAGAGAAAGCAAUAAGGGACCCAGAAGCCCGUGAGCUUAUUAAGAAGAAGAGGAAUCGUAACAGACAGAACAGACAGGAGAACAAAUAUUGGGACAUACAAAUUGGAUACCAGACUAGGCAGGUGAUGUGCACACACAGAAAUGGAAAAACUGUUGCCUUGAGCUUUUGCCAACAAGAGAAAUUGCCAAUUACUUUCCAGUCUUGUGUGAUCACAAAGGAAUGCCAGGUGACAGAAUGGUCUGAAUGGAGCCCGUGUUCCAAAACGUGCUUUGAUAUGACAUCCCCUAAAGGCAAUCGCUUGAGAACAAGGACCAUUAAACAGUUUCCUGUUGGUAAUGAAAAUGAAUGCCCUGAACUAGAAGAAACAGAUCAGUGUGUGUCUCAAGGAGAUGGAGUGCCUCCAUGUAUCACGUAUGGCUGGAGAACCACAGAGUGGACUGAAUGUCGUAUUGACCCUUUACUAAGCCAGCAGGAUAAGAGACGUGGAAAUCAAACCGCUCUUUGUGGAGGUGGGAUUCAGACCCGGGAGGUGUAUUGUGUGCAAGCCAAUGAAAAUCUCCUCUCCUAUUUAAACACUCUGAAAGAAAAAGAAGAAAGUCAGUCACAGAGUACAUCGAAGGCUAGUGCUGCACCACUUCUAUCAAUCACUUUUGAAAUAACAGCAUCCAAACCUGUGGACUGGAAGCUGUGCACCGGCCCUACACCAAGUACCACCCAGUUGUGCCAUAUUCCAUGCCCAAUAGAGUGUGAGGUAUCAGUCUGGUCAGCUUGGGGGCCAUGUACGUUUGAAAGCUGUGAUGAUCAACAAGCCAAAAAAGGUUUUAAACUAAGAAAACGCUUCAUCACCAAUGAACCCACAGGAGGCACUGGCAGCUGCCCUCACCUUCUUGAAGCCAUCCCAUGUGAAGAACCUUCUUGCUAUGAUUGGAGGAUAGUCAUACUGGAAGAAUGCAUUCCAGACCAUGAGAAGGAGUGUGGACCUGGUACUCAGGUUCCACAGGUAGUCUGUAUCAACAGUGACGGAGAAGAAGUUGAUAGACAGCUGUGCAGAGAUGCUAUCUAUCCAGUCCCCAUCAUUUGCGAUGUUCCAUGCCCAAAGGAUUGUGUACUCAGCACGUGGUCUGGAUGGUCCUCCUGCUCACACACCUGCUCCGGCAAAACCACAGAAGGAAAACAGAUGCGUGCCCGUUCUAUCUUGGCAUAUGCAGGUGAAGGAGGACGUCAGUGCCCAAACAUCAGCAUUCUGCAGGAAACACGUAACUGCAAUGAACAUCCCUGCACAGUGUAUCACUGGCAGACAGGACCUUGGGGUCAAUGCAUAGAGGAUGUCUCUGUGUCAGCAUUCAAUUCUUCAACUAACUGGAAUGGGGAAGCCACCUGUGCCGUUGGGAUGCAGACAAGGAAAGUCAUCUGCGUGAGAGUCAACGUGGGACAAGUAGGACCCAAAAAGUGUCCUGAAAGCCUUCGCCCUGAGACUGUUAGACCUUGCUUGCUUCCCUGUAGAAAAGAUUGCAUUGUAACUCCUUACAGUGACUGGACACCAUGCCCUUUAUCAUGUCAAGAAGGGGCUACUACAGUAACAAAACAGUCUCGACAUCGUGUCAGCUUGCAGCUCCCUGCAAAUGGAGGCCGUGAUUGCCCGGAUACUUUGUAUGAAGAAAGGGAUUGUGAACCUCCGCCUGUCUGCAAUUUUUACAGGUGGAAGACACAUAAAUGGCGCAGGUGUCAACUUGUACCCUGGUAUGUUCGUCAAGAUAGUCCAGGUGCUCAGGAGACUUGUGGUCCUGGUCUACAAGCCAGAGCAAUAACAUGUCGCAAACAAGAUGGUGGACAGGCUGACAUCAGUGAGUGCCUAAAGUAUGCAGGCUCAUUACCACCUUUAACACAACUCUGCCAAAUCCCUUGCCAAGAUGACUGCCAGUUCACAAGCUGGUCAAAGUUCUCUUCUUGUAAUGGAGACUGUGGGGCAGUUCGGACAAGAAAACGAUCUCCAGUUGGGAAAAGUAAGAAGAGGGAAAAGUGCAAAAAUGUCCAGCUCUAUCCACUGAUUGAGACCCAGUUUUGUCCAUGUGACAAGUAUAAUGCCCAGCCUGUGGGGAACUGGUCAGACUGCAUUUUACCAGAGGGCAAAGUGGAUGUAUUACUGGGAAUGAAAGUACAAGGAGACAUCAAAGAGUGUGGACAAGGCUACCGUUACCAAGCCAUGGCUUGCUAUGAUCAAAAUGGCCGACUCGUUGAAACAUCUCGAUGCAACAGUCAUGGGUACAUUGAGGAAGCUUGCAUCAUACCAUGCCCUUCUGAUUGCAAGCUCAGUGAGUGGUCCAACUGGUCACGUUGCACUAAGUCCUGCGGUAGUGGGGUCAAAGUUAGGUCUAAAUGGCUGCGAGAGAAGCCCUACAAUGGUGGAAGGCCAUGCCCCAAGUUGGAUCAUGUCAGUCAGGCCCAGGUAUACGAGGCUGUCCCGUGCCACAGUGACUGCAGCCAGUAUAUAGGGGUCACUGAUCCAUGGAGCGUGUGCAAAGUGACUAAUGUGGACUUAAAGGAGAAUUGUGGAGAGGGGGUGCAAACCAGAAAAGUGAGGUGUAUGCUAAAUACUGUGGAUGGCCCUUCAGACACUGUUGAAGACUACCUAUGUGACCAGGAAGAGAUGCCUCUUGGUGCUAGAAAGUGUGCAUUGCCAUGCCCAGAAGACUGUGUUAUGUCUGAAUGGGGCCCAUGGUCUCGGUGUCUUUUGCCGUGUAAUGGAAGCAGAAUGAGGGAACGGUCAUCAGAAGUCAUGAGGCAACCUCAGGAAGGGAAGACCUGCCCUCCCUCUGUGGAGACAGAACCAUGCAGUCUCAACAAAAACUGUUUCCACUAUCAUUACAAUGUGACAGAGUGGAGUACGUGCCAGCUAAGUGAGAAAGCUGUCUGUGGUAACGGGGUCAAAACAAGAAUGCUUGACUGUAUUCGCAGCGAUGGCAAAUCGGUUGACCUGAAAUUCUGUCAAGAGCUUGGCUUGGAAAAGACUUGGCAUAUGAACACGUCCUGUGUGGUGGAAUGUCCUGUGAACUGUCAGCUAUCUGACUGGUCUUCGUGGUCAGAGUGUUCUCAGACUUGUGGCCUUUCUGGAAAGAUGAUACGAAGGAGAAUGGUUAUCCAACCCUUUCAAGGUGAUGGGAGGCCAUGCCCGUCACAAAUGGAGCAAUUCAAACCAUGUCCAGUCAAGCCUUGCUAUCGAUGGCAAUAUAGCCAGUGGACUGAAUGCAAGGUUGAGGAUGCUCAGUGUGGAGAGGGCAUCAGAAUUAGAAACAUUUCCUGUGUGGUCCAUGAUGGAUCUAGUGAUGACAUAGGCAAAACAGUUGAUGAGGAAUUUUGUGGGGAAAUUGAGCCUGUUGUUGACGGCAAUAAGAAAAUGGUGCUUGAGGAAACAUGUACCCUACCUUGUCCAGGUGAUUGUUAUUUAAAGGAGUGGUCAGAAUGGAGUCUUUGUCAGUUGACUUGUGUAAAUGGUGAAGAUCUUGGAUUUGGAGGAGUACAAGUGCGUUCACAAGCAGUGAUGAUUCAAGACCUGGAAAAUCAACAUUUGUGUCCAGAGCAAGCUUUGGAAACUAGACAAUGUAAUGGUGGCCAGUGUUAUGAAUACAAGUGGAUGGCCAGUCCAUGGAAGGGAUCUUCUCGAACUGUAUGGUGCCAAAGAUCAGAUGGCUUGAACGUUACAGGUGGCUGUUUAGUGAUGAACCAACCAGAUGUUGACAGGUCAUGUAAGCCACCGUGCAGCCAGUCCCAUUCUUACUGUAGCGAGAUGAGAACGUGUGCUUGUGAAGAAGGAUACACUGAAGUCAUGUCUUCCGAUGGCACACUUGAGCAAUGCACUCUUAUCCCGGUGGUAGUCAUUCCCACGUUGGAGAACAAAAGGGGAGAUGUAAAAACCAGCCGAGCAGUGAACCCCACGCAGCCACCCAAUAUCCAGUCAGGAAGAGGAAGGACUUGGUUUCUACAGCCUUUUGGACCAGAUGGGAAGUUGAAGACCUGGGUUUAUGGUGUAGCUGCUGGUGCAUUUGUUUUGCUCAUCUUUAUUAUUUCUAUGAUCUAUCUUGCCUGUAAAAAGCCAAAGAAGCCUCAGAGAAGACAGAACAACCGUUUGAAACCUUUAACAUUGGCUUAUGAUGGAGAUGCAGACAUGUGAACUAUGACUUCCCAUCAACCUUAGUCUCUUGAAACUGUAGUGUUUAAAGACAACAUGUGUACAUUAUGGAGCAGAUGUUACAUCACAAGGCAAAAAAUGACUUCAUAAUGGCUAUGGAUUGUCCAAGAAACGUGUUUUGUUCUAAACCAAUCAGAACAGCAAAUGGUGUUGGUAAAUUCCUACUGCAAGCUCUGCAGCUGGAAAUUUUAACAUGGUCUUCUUUGAAAUGAACGAACUGGGUAGGCAAUUAUGUGUCCAGCUGUGGUAUAUGACUUAAUUGAGACAUCUCUGAGAGUCUUGAUGCCAAAACUAUGGGCUGCAUUAACUUAUUGUAUUCAGUUAGCAUGAGGAGACCAUACCAAGAUGUCUAGAACGCUUCCCAUGCUACUUACAUACUCAGUUGGCACCAUAUGUAUUAAUCUGUCAAAUGAUAUAAUGGCUACAAAGCAUUGUAGUACAUAGCAACCUGUUAACUUUUAACUGAGAAAUAACAACCCACUGAGCAAAUUUGACAUCUUGGCAGAUUCAAGACAGUUUUUCUUAAGCUGUUUUUCAAAGGGUGAGGACUUCCUAGACUCUUUCCCGUUACCUUCCUACACACAAUUAUCAUGGAAAGAAACAUUUUCAGGUUCAAUAUUUUAUAGGAGGUCUGGGGGUGAAUAUCCACGUGUAAUAAGUUUUUACUUUCUCUAACUCUCCAACUGUUGCCUGCAACUUUUUUGCUACAUGUAAGGCAAUUUUUUGCACUAUAUUAGUGCAGCAUGAUAUGCACUUAUAAACUAGUAUUGCCAUAGAAACUGCCUCUUUUCAAGAAAGGAUGAGGGGGUGGGUGAUGUGUCUUUUGCAAACAGCAUCCAAUGGACCUUUACCAAUAAGUUCUCAAGUCCUGAUAAAGAGUAGAGCUCAGUUUCUGGACUGUGACUGGGUUAGACCAGCUAAUACAAGUACUGUUUAUGCCAUUUCUUGUAACAACAACCUGUUUUGUAGUCAAUGCCAUGGCAGUAAUGUGUCUAGUUUCUCAUUCUGUCCUACUUCUACAGAAAAUAGAUUUUCAUGUUGAUUUAUAAUUACUUUGAAGGUUCUUUAUGACUAGAUUUUUAUAUUGCUAACUUUGUAAAAAAAAAAAGAAAUGAAAAAAGUGCUCACCCUCUAAUCUUGGGGAAAAAUACUUGUUUAAACAAUAUUCCAAUGUGUUCCUCAGAAAGAAUGCAAGAUAAGUGUUUAUUUCCCUCCCACUAAUGCUAAGUGUUUAAUUGCUGCAGAAUUUAUAUCCCUUUUCUACACACCUCUAUACAUCUUUAUCAGGCAAUCUUAUUUGACAAUGAAAACUCCAGUGCUCUUGUGAACUUUCCAUCCUGAAAUGUCCGCUCCAUUCCUUUCAAUACACAAAGAUGAUUCCUAGAAUUUCUUUGAAUAGGAACUCCCCGAACAUACCUUCAGUGCAUACAAAUGUUUGGAUUGGGGUGACUGUGUGCAAGGUUUUACCUUAGUUUUGGCAAUACAACUACUUACAGCUACUGAAUUUCUGAGGUAUCUCUUCUAUCGUGAUGGGUUUUUUGUAUAUGAUUGAAAAGGCAACAUUUCCAGGGCAUGAUGCAAAACGAUUCAGAGUUCCUCUAGUCAUGACCUGUAUAGGAGCUAUAUGUCCACAGAUGAAAAAGCAAUACAACAAACAGUAUUAUUCUUUAUAAAACUGCAUUUUUACACUUCUGCUUUGAUUUAUCUAUGUCUCUUUCAAUAAGCUAAGCUAUUUGUAGUUCACCCAAAUAACUUUAUUUAGAAAGCAUAUUUUAAAGCAACCAGCACUACAAUUAUUGCAGGGUUGUGGGACCAGUUACAUUGGGAUCGAGUGGGUCCCAUCUACUAAGUAAAGAACAACUCCUUUCUCCAAUGGAACAUUCUUCACCUAAUGAAAAAGAAUCUAUUCCAAGCCAUUGACUGUAAUAGAAAUAAGUGAGUGCUCGGUGUAGAUUAUAAAUAUUGUUGGAUUUCCAGAGGGGUCCCCCCAAUCCCACAGCAACAAUUGGAAGCCCCUAAUGGUAUUGUCAAAAGUUACCUGAUCAUCCCAGUUUUUGUUGUUGGAUCCUGGGAACACAGAACUUCCUGGUGGUUAGAAUUCUGAUAAGCACAUCCUAUACUUAAAACAGAAUAACAAUGUUAUUGUUCUUCUGCAAGAGAAACAGGUGGAACAACCAUGCAAGCAGUGUAAGAUCUCAGUUCUGCAAGGGGGUUAGCACAAGAUGAUGCUUCGAACUAGACUGUAUCAAUCACAAUGUUGAUUAAUACACCACUUUUUGUGUCAUCUUCAGAUUUUCAUUUAUACUUCUCAUAAGGCUGGGAUUUUUUUUUUUACAACCAGUUUUCAUUCUUGGAACAGUCGUAUCCUGAUAAGCAAAAACACUGGAGGCCAAAACCGACUAAGGAACAAAUGUUCCUAAAACAAGAAUGUUAAUGUUAAGCUGAUUUCAGUGAAAAGAUUUUGUUACUGACCGUAUUAAAGUUAGUUUAGGCUUGUGUUCUUGGUGUAAUGAGAUAGGAGAUGAGGCAGCAAAAGCUAUGUCUUCAACGUUUUAGAAGCAUUUCAAAUCUUGUCUACAAGUUCCAGUCUUGGUGUUAAGGGUGGGGUGGGCAAAUUCAGGUUCAGAAUUCUGUCAAUUCUGUAAUCUUAUUUUACAACAAUGGCCGCUUAUUUAAUACAAAAUAAUGAUGAAAACAUUGGUCUAGUUCCAGAGUUGACUGAAUGGUGACAUGUUGGCAAGAUGGGGUCAGAGUUUGUACAUUUUUGAUGCAGGUGCGACAAGUGAAAGCUAGUUGAUUCAUGGAUUUUUCCCUUCUGUUCCUAUGAAGAAGGGCAAACUUUACAUUUGUCAGGAAUCCCCGACAUAGUGCUCAUGGGCUCCAUGGCACUCAAAGAUACAUUUCCUAGCCAAGUGUUUUCAAUGAAGUGAGUGGAGUCUGGUGGGGCUUUUGUAUCGCAGAGCUGCUGACUGGCCAUCGGAGAUCUAGGUUGUGCAGAUUUUAAAAAAUCAUUUCUUUGGCAGCAGCGGCCACCACACCACACUGAUCUUCACUGUGUGACAGAAGGUCAGUUAUAUGUAAGCAAGAAAAUAUUUUUCAACAAUAUGUUCAUUAUAAAAGGCCUCCUGAUAAGCACGCCUUCUGUCUGAAAUGCUGAAGAGUUACUGUUAGAGUUAUGCUUAACCUAAUUCCCUGACAUUUUGUGGUUGGCUCCAUAUCUUGCAGCAGCCAUUUUUUGGUUGCACCUGGCACCCUGUGUCAGUGAGACCUGGGUCCUGAGGGAUGAAUUGCAAUUCCACAGGACCUGUAAGAUGGAGCUGUUCUGCCAGGCCUGAGGACAGCAACAGUUUAUUUCCCAACUUGACUGGCCUCCCUUGCUUCUGCCCUCCCCCUCCCAUUGCUUGAUCUUGUUUGAUGUAUGGGGCCAUAUGCAGAACACUGUAAUCUAAAUUGUCACCUCUCCUGGGAGACUAUUUUAAGGUGCCAGAUUUCUUUUUUUUUUGUAUUGUUAUGUUGUGGGUUGAAGUACAUUUUUAUUGAUAAGAAGAAUACUGAUGUUAGCCGCUUUAAACCUGUCGUGACAGGGAAGAGCCGCAUAGAGGUCCAAUAGAUAAAUCAAUUUCACAUGUGCCCAUGUUCUCAAAAAGCCCAGGGACUCCUGUUUUAAGUGCUUGGGAAAGGAGGGGGAAAGUGCCUGGAAUACUUGCCCACCCCAUGGAACUUGUCACCAUCUAAUAAACUUUUGAAUCUGGCCACUAAGGUGCAAUAUAGGAUAUAUUCUUUGAUUGAGAGCUUUUCAGCUGUUUCGGGCGAAUGUAGCUGCAUAAGUCAGAAAGUGGGGCAAGGGAUGCUUUGAGUCUUUACUUCACAUUAUAUUUACUGCCAUAUUGCAAGUUCUUUUCAGUGCAUAGAUUUCAUCUUAAUUCACACAUCUUUGGAAGCUGUAUAGUAUCAUGCUGCUUUUGUUAAAAGUAAGGAUUUUCCCAUUUAUCUAUGAGCCCUGUCUAAGUAGCUUUCAGCAAAGGGUCUUUGGAAUAACAGUUAAUAAGAUUUUUUUAAUGCAAAUAAACAUAAAAUGCAGUCAAUUUACUAAUGCUAAGCACUGAAACCUGAUUAGCUGAUAUAAUAAUUGGCAGGACAUCACAUGCAUCUUACAGGGUGUAAGAAAUUAGAUGAACAAAAGUUUAAAGCUUGAAGGAUUUUCUUUUACUGUACAGAAGGAGAAUUACCUGUAAAAUUAUUGGGGUAGGGCAAAGGCUGCAAUUGCAGCCUUGAUUAUGUUAAAGCUAGAGAUCAGAAAGGUAGUAUCAAAGCAGUUUAAAAAAUCUGUAUAAAAACUUGCUUUAAAUCUGUUAGUGUUUCUACAAAUCCAGUGCCUAAAGCAGCCACUGCUGUAGAUUGUUAGUUUGUGAAAAUAUUUUUUUCAGUGAUCAACUAUCUUUAACACAUUCAGAACAUAGCUGACUAGACAUUUCCUUCUUAUUGUAGCAGUUUGUAAUUUUUAAAAAGUUGGUUUUUAAAGAUGACUAUGUCUGCUCUGAGUCCUGGGAUCAUUUCUCAUUAAUGUUUGCUGAUUCUGCACAAAUUCAAUUAUAUUACAGUUUCUGGCUCCUAAAAUCCCCCUUUACAAAAAUGUGAAAUAUCUCUUUCAAAUCCAAGACUACCAAGUGAUUAAUCUAUCUAACUGUAAUAAACAUCACAGUGGUGGGGGUGGGGGGAAUCCCUGGAAAGAAAUAGAUCUGUGUUUUUACCUUUUGUAAAUUGUGCUCACCCAAAGUUAAACAUUUAUUUUGCCUAACUUAAUUUACUUGAAUUUUUUGGGGGGUAGAACAUGGAGGUGUUUCUCUGGGGAAUGUUUUUGUUAAUUUGUAAAUUGUGUAAUGCAUUUUUAUUUUUUAAAUUAUGUAUAUUUCUUUUUUAAUGCACAAAAUGUUUACGUACAACUACUGCAAAUAUGUGUAUAGUGUCAAUGAGCUUUAUUCAGUUUAUACAGAUUACAUGUGAAAACAUAACCACUCAUCCAUUUUCACAUGGGGUAUUUGUACAUCCUGAGGUAAUGCGGACAAUAAAUAUUAACACAAAAA